CCCCGCAGAACGUGAAGCAGCUGUACGCGCUGGUGUCCGAGACGCUGCGCUACUCGGCCGUGCUGGACUCCAUCCUGGCCAGCGCCGCCCUGCUCAAGGCCGAGAAGAAGCUGUCCCCCCACCUGGCCAAGGUGCUGGUGUACGACCUGCUCUUCGGCAAAGGCCUGAAAUGCGGAGGCCGCCUGAAAGUGUUGAUGCUGAAGCAUCGGGCCCGGCUGCAGGCUGAGCUGGCCCGUCUUAAGGUCUGGAAGAAGGUGAACCGCAAUGAGGAUCUGCUGGUGCCGGUCCCGGGGGUGAGCCCAGGCAUGUGGCAAGCCCCUCAAGUGCCGCGUUAUGUCCGCGUGAACACCCUGAAAACUAGUGUGGAGGAGGUGAUUGACUACUUCAAACGCCAGGGCUAUGCCUAUCUGGGCAAAGCAACCAGCAUGAAGGACCUGUGUUCCCUCUCAGAGAAGCAAUUCUUGUUGGAUCUUCAUCUGCCAGAUCUGCUGAUCUUCCAUCCACAGUUAGAUUUCCACAAGAACUAUCUUUACAUGGCAGGACACAUUGUGCUGCAAGAUAAGGCCAGCUGCCUCCCUGCUUUCCUCUUGAAUCCCUCCUUGGGCUCCCAUGUGAUUGAUGCCUGUGCUGCCCCUGGAAACAAGACCAGCCAUCUAGCUGCCAUCCUGAAGAACAAGGGACAGAUCUUUGCCUUCGACCUGGACAUCAUGCGCUUGACCACCAUGAGUACCAUGCUGGUGCGGGCUGGGGCAACCUGCUAUGAGCUGGCCAAUCAAGACUUCCUGACAGUUGACCCUUACGACCCCAAAUACCGUGAAGUGAAAUACAUUCUGCUGGAUCCCUCAUGCACUGGCUCAGGAAUGGUGAACCGGCUGCCAGGCCCAGAGGGCCCCCCCAGCCUGGAGAGACUGCAGGCACUAGCUGGAUUCCAGCGCAAGGUCCUGACCCGAGCACUGCGGUUCCCCGGUGUGCAGCGCCUGGUGUAUUCAACAUGCUCCGUGCAUCGAGAGGAGAAUGAGGACGUAGUGCGGGAUGUGCUUCAGGAAUACGGAGCAGCCUUCAGAUUGGUGAAUGUGCUGCCCUCUUGGCCCCAGCGAGGCCUUGCCACCUUCCUGGGGUCUGAGUGCUGCCUCCGAGCUUCCCCGGAAGAAACAUUGACAAAUGGUUUCUUCAUCGCUGUGCUGGAGAGGAAGCCAGAGGGUGAUGACACUGCCUCAUCCAGCAUCCUUCCUGUGGAGGCAGAGGCAUCGGCAUCGGCAUCAGCACCGGCAUCGGCAUCAGCAUCAGCACCGGCACCGAGCACCGGCAUCGGCAUCGGCAUCAGCAUCAGCACCGGCACCGGCAGCAGCAUCGACAGCGGUAUCAGCACCGGCAGCGGCUGCUGCACCAGCAACUAAGACGGCUAAGGUUAGCGAGGAAACUGUCCCCCGUGCUGCCCGCAAGAAAAGGAGACGGGCAAAGCGACAGCGUGUGAAAUGAGGCUUCUCCCAAGAACUCUUAAGCUGCGUCAGCCUGGCCGGCUGCCAGGUCUGCUCAGCAGCAUGGCUGGAGCCUCUCCAUGUUGGGCACGCUGCUCCCCCCUAUGUAACUACAGGACAGGGUGUGCUAGGGCACUCUGCCAGCAUUGCCUACGGUUGUGACCUGCUGGGUAGACCGGCUGCUGGUAGGAGCUAAAGCCCCAACACUGCACCUGGCCUGGGCCUUUUGUCUAGCCUGCUUCAAUGCCAGUAAAAUUUGAGCUUGUUUCA